AUGACUACCAACGAUAGCUUUAACGAUUAUGAUGAUACUGAUGAUGCAUUCCAUGAAUCCGAAACACCCAUACCUCGUCCAAUUCGAUUUUGGCUUUUAUUAUUAUUUGAUAUUCCAUCAAUCAUUUGUUCUUUAUUUUUAUUUUUUCAUCUUUUCAUUAACAAGAAUUUACGAUCACAAUUAGUAAAUCAUGCUAUGAUUGUAUUACUCAUCAUUGGAUUAAUCAUACAAUUAGUAGAUAUACCUUUUCAUCUUAUUUUUUUACGUUUUGGUAUUGUACUACCAUCAAUACCUUUUAUUUGUAUUUUAUGGUGGUUUAUAGAUUUAGGUCUAUAUAAUGGAUUUACUAUCAUUAUGGCAUGGAGUUCUAUUCAUCGUUAUUUAUUUAUAUUUCAUGAUCAAAUAUUUUUUCAAGGAAAGAAACGUUUUCUUUUCCAUUAUUUACCUCUAAUCAUUUUAAUUCUUUAUAUAUUGAUAUUUUAUAUAAUUGUCAUAAUUUUUCCACCAUGUAUGCAUACAUUUGAUUAUACAUUACCUGUUUGUAAUGAUUAUCCAUGUUAUUUGGAUGAUUUUAUUCUUGGUCUAUGGGAUUCUAUUGUGAAUAGUAUUUUACCCACAUUUAUCAUAUGUAUUUCUAGUAUCACUAUCAUUAUUCGUGUUAAUUAUCAAAAACGACGUGUUGUCCGUCAACGUAACCGAUGGCGUAGACAACGUAAAAUGGUAAUUCAAUUAAUUUCUAGUUCUCUUCUAUAUCUUAUUCCUAAUAUUCCAUUGAAUCUUUUAAUGUUAGCGCAUCUUUGUGGUUUACCAGAUAGCGUAGGAGUUGAAGUUGAAUUAUACUUCGAUUUUCUAUGUUACUUUGUGAUAUUUCUAUAUCCUUUCAUAUGUCUUGGUUUUGUAUCGGAGUUACGGAAGAAAAUACAAUGGAAUAGGUUAUUUUGGUUACAAAGACCACGACAAAAUCCUACUGUCACACCUCAAUAA